AUGAAGACUAAAAGUGCAUUUACUGUACAUCCUAAUUACCGGUGUGGUGAAAUAUCAGAUGUAGCUUCCAAAGAAAAUGAAAAAGACUUUACAGUGAUCAAAGGGAGUGAAAUUAAUCCGAGUGAAGGCGACGAAGAACAGCGGCCUGAUUCUGGUGGUUUUCGUUCUUGUGUUUGUUUCAUCGUUAUACCAAUUAUAUUGCUGGUGAAUUCUGUAACUGAAACUGAACUUUUAGAAAUGUCGGGAGGUUCGACUGAUUCCGAGGUUUUAGGAGAAAUGAAAGAAAAAAAUAAAGUAAGAAACACAAAAAAGGUCACUAGUCAACAAAAUUUUGAAACUUUGUUUGCAUCAUCAUCGUCAAAAUUUUGUUCGUUUCAACCAAUCAUACCGGAAGAAACUCCUGAGCCUGUUGUUGAAAGCGAAAAUAUAAUUUUGGAAACCAAUUUUUCGGAUGAGGCAAUUAUUUCUCCUGAAGCAAUUGCAAAUGCGCAGUUUUUAAAUGUCAUCGAACAGGAUGAUGACAAUAUUCAAUUUGAAUUUCAUGCCGUUUCAACCUCACAGGAGUUAAGUCAAUUAGAGGAAAAUCUCAAAGAUCCAAAUUAUGAAAAGAAAGUAAGAAAUUAUUUUAAAAAAAUUAUUGGUAAUAUUCCUGAUACUAGUAAUGGUUUGGAUACCUGCUAUAGUAUUGUAGAUUAUUUUUUUGAGAAAAAAUUUAUGGUGCAGUGUUCGUGGACGGGAGGAAGUAGAAGCAACACUGAAAAAUGUUGUAUUAAAAAUUGCAAAAAUAUUUUAGAAGUGUUUUUUACAAUAGUCCAAAGUUCCAAUAAAGAUUUUUCAAAGGCAUUGUUGAAAAAAUUUAUAAUUGGAAUUAGAAGAAAUGCAAAGAAGCGUAGUUUAACUGGAGGCAUCCGCCAAUCUUCAAUACAUAGAAGAAAAAAAUCAAUGGUUAAAAAACAACGUUUAAGUGGAAACAGAAAAGGUGUUGCUCAAAGACAAGGUAAAGGUACCUAUAUUAAAAAAAUGUAUAACAUAAAAAUUAUUAUUUCAGGCGAAAAUGAAAUUUUUAAUGAAAAUGAGCAAUCAUUUAAUGAAGAAAAAGAAUAUGAUGAAGAUAACGAUGAAUAUGGUAUGGAAGAAUAUGAAGCUGACGGUGAAGAUGCUAUAAUAGAACAUGACGAGGUUGAAGAGGAAGAUAAUAAUGAUACAGACAAGGACUAA